AUUUUAAUGAGUGUCCAUAAUCAUAAUUCCCCAGAUUAUAAGAAACUGUAUUUAUCAGCUCAAACAGCUAUUUCUCAGUUACAAGAAAGUCUUAACAUCCACAAACAAGCUAUUGAGAACUUAAUUUCUCAAGAAAAGGAGGUUGAACAGAAGCAUAAGGAUGAAAUUUUGAUCCUUCAACAACUUGUUCAGCAAAAUAAGGACGAACACUUAAUGGAAAAAUACGAACUCAAAGAUCAAAUCACCACAUUAAAAGAUGCUCUUGAGGAGAAGGAAUACCAAUUUCAAGUCAUGGAGCAUAAAUGGAGUAAGAUCGACUCAAUUAUUACUGAGUACGCCAGAUGUGAUCCUUAUCUUGUCUCAGCUCUUGAUGAGGCCAGAUACCUUUGCGACGAUGUCACCACUAACAGGAAAAUAACCACGGUCGCUUCUGAGAAUCACCAAUUACGCAUCCAGGUUCAGGAAAUGAAAUCAGAAAUUUCUGAGAUGAAAUCAAACAUGACCAAUUUCGAUUACUGAGAUGAGGCUAAGGCGAAUGAAGCUCUGAUCGAUGAACCAUUAAAAUUAAAGCAUAAGUCCUCCAAAAACCUCCACUACCACGAAAAUAUCUUAGAUACAAAUGAGGUAGAGAAAGGGACUCACUUGAAGCCUCCUAAGCCAGACAGGGCAGCUGGAACCAGCCGUCUCAAAGGUGACCGCACUAAAUCAACUAAAGGAUUCUUUGCGUUCGUCGAUUCAGAAAAUAAGAAUGAUCAGAAAGAACUCAAACUCACAAUCCCAGCUGCUACUUUUGGUGAUGAAACCGAUGACGACUUCGAUUCUCUAAAUGAAUCUAGUAUUAAAGUGACUAGUCUCGAGGACAAUAGCCAUAUGGACUCUGUUUCCAGUAUGGGAGACGACCUCGACCUAAGAGAUAAUGAAAUGCUAACAGACCUCAAAACCUGACUGAAAGGCAUAUGCUAAAUUAGGCUAUAACAGGACUGAAAGUCACCAAACUAGCCUUUGUAUAUAAAUUUGUCUAUACUUAAUUUGUAUC